GGAUUAGGUCAGUGAUCUAUGACUCUUUCAAUCCUCUCAUAACAAGUGCCCGGAAUUGACAAGAGUCUCUCUGCGAGGUUAGAAAGAACCACCAUAGAUCACUUAAGCGCAGUAUUGGGAACGACUGCACCUCUCCUCGAAGGGCAUCAACAUUGAAUCUUCUGCUUCCCCGCACAUUGGGAUACGCUACAAGAGAUUACGUGCGGCGAGAAGAUACUACGAGAUUUCCGGUCAAGAUCUGAACGCACACCCCGGCAUUGGCUCCAAGGAUUACCAACAACCGACAUCACCAAGAUGGAGAAAGCAGGAGGCUUCCAGGAGCCACGGUACCUAGACUUCGUCCGCUCCAAUGAAACUACCGGCAUCGACGGCAAACCUAUGCUGAAUCGCUACUCGACACAUCUAACACGCGAGCAUGACUUUCCCGGCGCCCAAGCAAUGCUCUACGGAGCAGGUGUGCCAGACAGCCAGACGAUGAAGACGGCCCCGCACGUCGGCGUCGCCAGUGUGUGGUGGGAAGGCAACCCAUGCAACAUGCAUCUUCUCGACCUGGGGAAGGAGGUCAAGAAGGCCUUGACAGCUCGCGGCAUGCUGGCGUGGCAGUACAAUACCGUCGGCGUGAGCGACGCCAUCACCAUGGGCAACCAGGGCAUGCGGUUCAGCUUGCAGACCCGAGAAAUCAUUGCUGACUCUGUCGAGAGCGUCACGUGUGCACAGGCGCACGACGCCAACAUCACCAUCCCCGGCUGCGACAAGAACAUGCCUGGGUGUAUCAUGGGCAUGACACGCCACAAUCGGCCCAGUUUGAUGAUUUAUGGCGGCACCAUCGACAAGGGCUAUUCGAAGACGCUACGCAAGAAUGUCAACGUCGCAACGUGUUACGAAGCAUUCGGAGCAUAUACCUUCAACACACUCAAGCAGCCCGAUGAUGGAGGCGAUACAUCCAAGACGAAGGACGAGAUCAUGGAGGACCUGGAACGGCACGCAUGUCCCGGCGCUGGCGCCUGCGGAGGCAUGUACACGGCAAACACCAUGGCAACUGCCAUUGAAACAAUGGGCUUGUCGCUGCCAGGAUCGAGUUCGACGCCCGCAACCUCACCUGCCAAGAUGCGUGAAUGUGCCAAAGCCGCAGAGGCUAUCAAAGUGUGUCUGGAGAAGAAUAUCACUCCCAGGCAGCUGCUGACCAAGAAGUCGUUUGAGAACGCUCUUGUCAUCACCAUGGCAUUAGGAGGAAGUACCAAUGCAGUCCUGCAUUUCCUCGCUAUGGCGGUCACCGCCGGAGUGGACCUUACACUCGAUGACUUUCAGCGUGUCAGCGACAAAAUCCCCUUUAUGGCAGAUCUUGCUCCUUCAGGGAAAUAUUUGAUGGCCGACCUUUACGAGAUCGGUGGUGUACCAAGUGUGCAGAAAUUGCUGAUUGCCGCUGGUUUGCUGGAUGGCACAAUCCCCACCGUGACGGGUAAGACACUGGCCGAAAACGUCGCUAGCUGGCCGAGUCUGCCAAGUGACCAGGUCAUCAUCAAGAGUCUAGACAACCCAAUCAAGUCGAGCGGCCAUAUUCAGAUUCUGAAGGGUAACUUCGCGCCAGCUGGUGCCGUGGCCAAGAUCACGGGCAAGGAAGGCCUGCGAUUUUCCGGCAAAGCGAGAUGCUUUGACAAAGAGGUCCAACUCAACGAAGCGCUCAACCGUGGUGAAAUACCCCGCGGAGAGAAUCUUGUGCUUAUCGUAAGAUACGAGGGACCCAAGGGAGGUCCGGGCAUGCCUGAACAGCUCAAGGCGAGUGCUGCCAUCAUGGGUGCCAAGCUCACAAAUGUCGCUCUCGUUACAGACGGAAGAUAUUCGGGUGCAUCGCACGGGUUUAUCGUGGGACACGUAUGUCCGGAAGCUGCCGUCGGGGGGCCUAUAGCAUUGGUGAAGGAUGGCGACGAGGUGACGAUCGAUGCUGCAACGAACACCAUCUCCGUGGACGUGAGUGAAGAGGAGAUGGAGACACGGAAAAAGGCAUGGAUACCACCAAGGAUGGUAGUCACCAGAGGUGUACUGGCUAAAUAUGCUGCUCUGGUCAGUGAUGCCACUCAUGGAGCAGUCACUGAUCUUUUCUGAAGAAGCACGUUGGAUGCAGGGAUCGGCCAUGCAGGUUGGACAAGGUUGCGGCGCCGUAAGCGAGAAAACGAUGUACAAUCGUGGAACGGGUGCCGCCGAUUGGCCAAGCAGAUCAUUGCAUUGAUAGUGUGAUAGGCAUGGUGUACGCCGUAUGUGCAGAACAAUGUCAUGCAUGGGUAUUCAUGUUUUCGCGAAGCU